GGGGAUUGGUGAAUCAACCGUGUCUACGUUCGUCCCUGUAAAGUGACCACGCCCCCGAAAAUAACGCUCGUGCGGUGGAGCAAAAAAAAAAACAAAAAAAAAAGAAGAGCCUCAACUGUAGGCAGAAACGGAUUUACCGAAUAGCACAAGUAACGAUACCAACAUACCACACAUUUUUAUUGUACGUUUUUUUUUGAAACACUGGGUAAUUUGGAUUCAAGGUAACGUCUUGGUUGUCCCUGCCGCUCCUUGUUUACGGGAGUUUGGGAUACGCCGGUUUCGAAUUGUCUGAACUGUCGUAACAUCAGACGCUUCUUAGCUAGCCAGUUUGUUGGCUAGUUUAGUUACGGGUAGCUUGCUAAAAAGUAACGUGAUCGAUUAGCUAUAACCGCUGUUACUUAUGCGUAUAAUACUAAAUCAGCCCUCGGGUAUUUAAUUAUAUGUUGUAGUUAGUUUCUUUAAUCGGAAGAAACCGGUUAGCUAAAGUUAACUGUUACAUUCACAAGUCCCACCCUCCAAAGUGUCAUUAAUUAUAUGCUAAAUUAGCUGGAUAGUUUGCUAGCUGGUGUAACAGUAGUAAGUAACUACGUCGUCCGUUCGCUAAUCAGUUAGCUAGUUUAACUCAGAUUGGAUAUAAUUGUUGUAUAAACUGUUGAUAUUGAUCAGUUAUACCACUAGCUGGAGGGUUUGAGUCGCUACCCUGGCAAGGAGACGGGCGAAAAAGAGGAGGCGAAAUAAAGAGAACAGGGAGGCCAGCGAGGGAACCAGCUAACGGUCGUUAUCAUUUGUGCUAACGUUUACGGGUCAGUUGUCAUAAAAGCAUCUAGCGAGCUAUCUAGCUAACGCUAACUUGCCCAACUUGACAGCUCAGUCAGAUAUCAUAAACUAACGCUAACGUCACUGGUCAUAUUUCAUUCUUUACACAAGACCGACCUCCCUUCGAUAAAGAAGUGUCACUAUUUGCUUGGACAUUGUGUUUGCUGGCUAAACUAAGCAACCUCUCCAGUGAACUGCUCAUCAAUGUCAGCAAGCUAACCCAGUUUCUCUGAAGCUAUUACCAGUGUCAGCUAUCUCACAGUAGCAGUAGCUAACUAGCGUGCUACACAUGGACUGAUAGAAUUCGUAGCUAGCUACAUUUAUAUUUUUGUAAGAAAACCACAGUAUACCUGAACGUAUUUGUAGUUAGGUAGCGCCAUCUAAACACAGCCAUGAGUAUCGAGAUACCGGUGGGAUUGACGGAAUUGCUGCAAGGCUACACGGUGGAGGUGCUUCGACAGAGGCCACCGGACCUGGUGGAAUUCGCCGUACAAUAUUUCACGCGCUUGCGGGACACCAGAAGCCAAGAUGGGGCGGGUGCUGGUGUCACGCUCGGGAAAGGAGUGAUGUUUGAUGGGGAGCCGAUGCAAACAGAGUCAAAUGGAGACGAAGACGGGUCAGACGAGUCUGAUUUCGAGCCCCCUCCCCCCAGCAGAUACAACCGCAGAGUGUCAGUGUGCGCGGAGGCCUUUAACCCAGAUGACGAUGACGAGGUGGAGGAGCCGAGGGUGGUGCAUCCCAAAACAGACGAGCAGCGCUGCCGGCUGCAGGACGCCUGCAAAGAUAUUCUACUGUUUAAGACCCUGGAACAGGAACAGUUCUCAGAAGUCCUGGAUGCCAUGUUUGAACUGCGCGUACAGCCCCAGGAGCAUGUCAUCGACCAGGGAGACGACGGAGACAACUUCUACGUUAUCGAGAGAGGAAUCUAUGACAUAGUGGUACUGAUUGAUGGCGUAGGGAAGUGUGUGGGGCAGUAUGACAACAAAGGCAGCUUCGGGGAGUUGGCACUGAUGUACAACACCCCCCGCGCUGCCACUAUCAUCGCCACCCAGGAGGGGGCGCUCUGGGGCCUGGACCGGGCCACGUUCCGUAGGCUCAUUGUGAAGAACAAUGCCAAGAAGAGGAGGCUGUACGAGCAAUUUGUGGAGUCUGUGCCUCUACUGAAGUCUCUGGAGUUAUCCGAGAGGAUGAAAAUUGUGGAUGUAUUAGGAAUGAAGACGUUUUCCGAUGGCGAACGCAUCAUCAUGCAGGGGGACAGUGCAGAUUGUUUCUACAUCGUGGAGACCGGAGAAGUGAAGAUUAUGAUGAAGAGCAAAGUAAGUCUACUUCCUCCUUUUCUCACCCUCUCGUUUCUGUCUGUGCCUCAUCACCAGAUAAUGUUUAAAAAAAAUUGCUUUGUUUUAUGUUCAAGUCGCCCUGUUAUUCUUUUCUCUCUCCUUUUUUCUCAUAUGUACUACAUAACAAACCUGCGCCCAAAGACAAAGAUGACAAAGGCGAACCAGGAGGAUAAUGUGGAGGUUGAGAUCACCCGCUGUAGCAGGGGUCAGUACUUCGGGGAGCUGGCCCUGGUCACCAACAAGCCCCGCGCUGCAUCAGUGUACGCUGUAGGAGAGGUCAAGUGCUUGGUAAUAGACAUCCAGGCGUUUGAGCGUCUGCUGGGUUCCUGUAAGGAGAUCAUGAAGAGGAACAUCACCCACUACGAGGAGCAGCUGGUAGCUCUGUUUGGCUCCAGCAUGGACCUGAGAGACUGACCACCCUCCUCUGUGCCUUACACAAGCAAAUUUACAUGAAUUAAAAGAUACACACCCACUUACAUAGUAUAAGUACACUCUGACACAAGAUUUUCUAGCUCAACACUCCUUUAUAAGCUCACUAAUAGGUGUACACACCCUUUCUACUCACCCCGAAAUAUCACACACCCUCUUACAGUUGCUUGAACCUCCUUCAGCCUCUUUGUUUGAAUUGAAAAAGCGGUGUCCCUGCUGAUACAACCCUGCCACCGCCACAGCAUAGCAAGGACAUACUACACGCACGCACUCAUGAAGGCUUGUCCUUUCUCUCUCACAGAUGCAUCACACACACACACACACACGCCAACAAACCUCCGCCAAGGACCCAUGCACUCCGAAAGGCACCACCCACACUUUAAAAUACAGACACCCGAUGAAAAAGAAAAUACAUUUAAAAAGAGAGCAAAAUAAAAAGUAAAAAAUGCACAAAAAAAAAUGUAAAGGUUUAAAGAGAAGUUUUAGAAUCAUUUUAUGAAGAUAAACCGAAGCUUUGAUAAAAUAUGAUUUAAAAAAAGUGUUUCUUUGGGGUUGAGUCCUUUCUGAAAGCUCUCCUACUGUUGUUGAUUGAUUCAGUUAGUGCCGGUGAUUACCACAGAGGACCCUACCUUUCAGGGCUAUUGUUGUCAUUAAUCCACACAUGUAUUGAUUAAUGUAUUAUUAUAUAUUCAUUAUUUUGUUUUACUUUGACCAAUUCAGAUAAAGCACCAUCUCUGACAAUGUCAAACAAAAAUAUAGUGCUUAUUUCUCCUUGAUCAUUCUGAAUGAGUUGUCUUGGAUAAGAAUAAAGCAAACAUUUUUAUUAUA